AUGACAAUCAAAAAUUAUCUCAAACUGUUCAUAAACGUUGGCACAAUCAUGAUAAAUUUAUCAAAAAAGAGUUAUGUAUCGUUCAUUGUUGUUAUUUAUUUAAUUACCAAUGUGUGUGCUAGUGAUAUUUAUAAAAACAUAAAUUUGCCGGCAAAUCAUUUGAAAUAUUACUUCAACUCACUUCCGAUUAUUGCACGGGAAUGUCAACAUGAUCCGGCGUGUCCUUAUAAGGAACAUUUAAAUGAAAAAGCGUGUUGGGGAUAUGAAGAUAAUUGCAAGCAAGAAAAUGCAUUCUCAAUUCCAUAUUGCCCAGGUGAUCACAAAGGAUGGGUGUCAAGUAAAAAAGCACAAAUAGAUACAUUUUAUUCGCAAGGAGAUUUUGGAUAUGUCAGAGACCAACGAAAUGAAAUGACGCUACUGUGCGAGCCAUUUUUCAAGGAGGAUUCAUCAUUAGAAUGUUCAGAACAUUUAAGAUUUUGCCGGGGAAGAAAUAUAAUGAUUAACUUCACGGAUCUGACCUACAGAAAAGAGCCUAUAAGAUACGCGAUGGAUGUUUUGAAGGAAGGACAAAUCGGUGGUUAUUGCAAAUUGAACGAAAAAAAACUGCAAGAGAAUGCGGAUCAUAUUAGCGCUUUACAAUCUUGGGGGCCGGAGCUGCGUUAUUUUCGUAAAUUACCACGUCGACCAAUUGUCGAAGGUGACUGUGAUAUAGUUAUUGAAAAGCCUACUUAUAUUAUGAAGAUUGAUGCAACAGUCAAUUUGUAUCAUCAUUUCUGUGAUUUUUUUAACCUUUAUGCGUCGUUACAUGUUAAUAAUACUCACCCAUCGACUUUUAGUACUGAUAAUCAUAUUUUGAUAUGGGAAAGUUACAAUUAUCAUUCAGCGUUUCAAGAUACUUUUGAAGCGUUUACCAAAAAUUCUUUGUGGGAUUUAAAAACGUUCCGUGGUAACACAGUUUGUUUCAAAAAUUUGGUUUUGCCAUUAUUACCACGCAUGAUUUUUGGCCUUUUCUAUAAUACUCCUCUAAUCUACGGCUGUGAAAAAAGUGGAUUAUUUAAAGCAUUUAGCGAAUAUAUAUUACACAGACUGAAAAUUCCUAUGUAUCAACGUAAAGACAAUAAAAUUCGUGUUACUUUAUUGAGUCGGGAUACAAGAUAUAGAAGAAUAUUGAACGAAGAUGAACUUGUUAUUUAUAAUCGAGAAGUACCUUUCAAAAAACAGCUGGAAAUAACUCGUAAUUCCGAUGUCUUCAUUGGAAUUCAUGGAGCUGGACUGACUCAUGCGUUGUUUUUACCUGAUUGGGCUGCAGUAUUUGAAAUAUAUAAUUGUGAAGAUGCUAGUUGUUACAAAGAUUUGGCUCGGUUACGUGGAGUAAAAUAUUUCACUUGGGAAGACGAUGAGAAAUUGACGCAGCAAGAUCCUGGCAAUCAUCCAGAUGGUGGAGCGCAUGCAAAAUUCACAAACUACAGCUUCAACGUAACAGAAUUUCUGCGCAUCGUAUCCUUAGCCGCAGACUCAGUUACCAGUAAUCCAGAUUACAAAAAAUUUCUCAGCUCCCAAACUUGCUUGAAGCCGCCAAAAGUGGAGUUAUGA